GUCCGUGUAGAAUUAAAUGGGAGGAACUUACGAAGUAGAGAUGCAACAGACAGAGAAAGUAAAAGAGUGAGUGACAUUUUAGAACUCAAGAAGACGGAUCAAAUGUCGAGUUGAAACAAAACGGUGAUUCGGUGAGUGGAAUCGGAACUACAUCAUCGAAUUAUCCUAACCUAAUUCACCAUGAAUUCUUUCCUCGUAAGCACGCCCGCUUCUUCAUUGCCACACAUUUCCACAACAACUAAAACUUUCAAUCUUCUCCGACAACAACCCACUUUCCGCAAUUUUCUCUCCAUCCCCUCUAAAUUCAUCACACCCAAAUUCAUUUCAUCUUCCAAUGGAUCGAAUAACCUUUCAGAUGAAUCUUUUCUUCAAAAUGACACCUUUCAAACUGAACUUACAAACCCUCAACUUCCUUCCUUCAAUUCUCCUCUCCCCAACUUUACCUUCAGUGACCAAGCUUUCUUUCUCCUUGCGUUCAUUGCCUGCACGACUUCAGCGGCGUUUGCUGGCCUUGUUUGUGCUGCUGUUCCCACCCUAUUUGCAAUGAGAAAUGCUGCAACGUCGCUUUCAAAGCUAGCUGAUACAGCUCGUGAGGAACUCCCGAGCACCAUGGCUGCUAUUAGGCUUUCGGGGAUGGAAAUAAGUGAUCUGACGCUAGAAUUAAGUGACCUAAGUCAGGAAAUAACUGAUGGAAUCAGCAAGUCAGCUCAAGCUUUGCAAGCAGCAGAAACUGGAAUUCGACAGAUUGGUUCAGUGGCACAUCAACGCACGAUAUCCAUGAUUGAAGAGAGAGCAAAUUUACCCGAAAUAUCUCUGCAACCUGUUGUUGCUGGAGCUGCAAGAAAGACUUCCAGAGCAGUUGGCCGAGCCACAAAGAGCUUGAUGAACAUGAUUUCAGGAAGAGAAAGACCAACAGAAAAUGAUGACGACAUAGCCUACAUGUGAGAAAUUUGAUGAGCUUAAUUAAGUUGGUUCAGAUGUGUGCAUAUUUAUUUUGCUUAUUGUCCUAAUAUAGUAGUGUGGGAAGGUACUUAAAAUUCAUGUCAAAAUUUGAAUAUCUUCAGUCACAAUGUAAGGGGAUGAGCUUGUUACUACUAUGAGUAUUGCUACACAAAAGUGCAGUUGGCUCUUGAGUCACAAGUCUUUUUAUGAGUCUUGUGACAUAGUAAUACAGAGGUGUCAAUUUAUCUGAAGCAUCUGCUAUGAAGCUUGAUCCCCAAGACGUAGAAAUUCUGUCAUGUAUUACAGUUAAAGAUAUAUAUUAUUUAUCUAGUCAAAAACAAAAAUAUAGUAUGUUCUUUA